AUCGAGCGUGCUGCGCGCACAGUCAACAACAUGUUGGACAGGGACAACCGCUAUCCUCCAUUAGAGGCCUAUGUUGGACAGGGCGUAUCUGGAGAGUACGAACUACCGACAAACCCAGCGUGGGCACCCUUCCAGAAGCUGCGAACAUACCGACUUCCAGAGGCCGUCUUCGAGCAGGUGGAUCACACGCAAAUGUCGACAAAGAUGGGCCUGUUCGCGGAGAUCAACCAUGCUUGGGUGGUGGUGGACAACCAGGUCUAUCUUUGGGACUACACGCACCCGAAUCCUGAGCUUGUCGGCUUUGAGGAGCAGCCGAGCAACAUCACCUGCGUAAAGCUGGUGAAGCCGCGUGCGAAGGUUUUCGUCGACACAAUCGAAUAUCUGCUGGUAGUCGCAACCGUUACCGACAUUUUUCUGAUCGCCGUCGAGUGUCAGAGGGGCCCUGAGGGAGUUCACGGCAUCACAUUGUACCGCACAGGGCUGUCAACUUCUGUCAGGAGAAUCACAGUGACGACGAUCGAGGGUUCGGCCAAGACAGGGCGCAUUUUCUUCGGAGACGGGAGCACAGAAGACGUAUACGAGCUCAAUUACCAGCAGGAGGAUCGGUGGUUCUCCAGCAAGUGCAGCAAGACAAACCAUGUCUCCAAAGCUGUAGGCCUUCCUGCAUUGCCGUUCUACGGGACCACACAACAGGCAGGGAUCGCGCAGAUGGUCGUCGACGAUACACGAAGCCUCCUCUACACGCUCUCUACGAACAGCACCGUCAAGGUGUACCACAUGCGCGCUCCGGCGACUCUCGAAUGCGUAAUUACUCGAACCGUCUCGAAUCUCCAGACUAUGUGCAGCCAUAUUGUUCGCCAGUCCGAGGUUCUCAACAAAAUGGAGAUUGUUGCUUUGAGUCCCAUUGCGAGCACAGAGGCAGACCACCUUUCGCUUAUGGCAACAACAUCUACAGGAUGCAGGCUAUAUCUGAGCACAACAUCUGGUGGCUGGAACAGUGACAGCACAAGCGCACCAAACAGCAUGCAGUUGCGCCACAUUCGAUUCCCUCCUGAUGACGGCCAGACCCCUCAGCAGAGCAAUUCGACCCAACUACAGCCGUACCAGGGCGGCGCGCCACUAGGGUUCAACUCCAAAUUCUUGAAGGAGACCAAGUACGGCAACAGGUUCGCACCUGGUUCUUUCUUCUCCUUCGUUCUCAAGUCAGAAAACGAACGGAACCAAACCCUCUUCAUCUCCGCUCCUCACUCAGGAUUGCUCGGUCAGCGCGAAAGCUCGGAGCCUCCGCGGUAUACCGAGACCGGUUUGACGUUAGAGCUCGUGGGCAGGAUUCAGGAUAUGGGACAGGUGUCUGAGCCUUUCUCGGCAAGGAGCGAACCUCUAGGAUUCGGUAAUGAACUCGCGACACAGUUCGACAAGCCUCUCAAUGAAUACGCCAUUAUCACAUCUUUCGGUAUCGAGACGGUACGACGGAAGCGACUCGUUGACAUCUUCGCAGCCCUCGUCAAGUAUGGAGGUGGGCAAGAAGGUACUGAAGCCGAUAUCAGAAAGCUUGCUAAGCAGUACGGUCUUGCCGAGACAGCGGCUACUGCUUUGGCUGUAGCUUGCAACCAGGGCUCUGACGUUGGGCCCGAUUCCCGAAUUGCUAGGAUCACGGACCCUGAGGUGACUGAGUUUGCUCGCAAGGUCUUCAUCGAGUUUGGUGGUAAGGCGCAUCUGACAGAGAGCGCGACAGUUGAGGGACCCAGCGUCGAGAACGUUCGAGCAUCGCCGCGACACGAUGGUAUUGCAAUGUAUGUGGCUCGUCUCGUGCGAUCUAUCUGGCAUGCUCCAGUGAUCAGGGAGGACGUCACACCAACAGGCCCUCUUCUCGCGUCAGCUGUGAAGGUCAGCAAGUUGCAGGAUAUCCAGCGUGCGCUGAUGGACUUGCAAAAGUUCCUUGACGACAACAAGUCAUUCAUUGAAGGUCUUGCAGGGCCCGAGGCAUUGGGCCGUGUAUCAUCGCGACAAGAAGAGGUCGAGCUGCAGGGCGAGCACAGGGCGCUGACGAGCCUGGUCACGCUCGUGAACGACAUGGUGGAAGGCAUCUCCUUUGUCCUUGUUCUGUUCGAGGAGCGACUGGAGGAUAUUAUGGCGCUGCUCGACCCCAACUCACAAGCUAUGGUUCGACGCAUGACCUUCCAGGCUCUCUUCUCCGUCAAGGAAGGUAGAGACCUCGCCAAGGAAUUGGUCAAGGCAAUCGUCAACCGCAACAUCACCAAGGGCUCGAAUGUCGAAACGGUUGCAGAAGCUUUAAGAAGGAAAUGCGGCAGCUUCUGUAGUGCAGACGACGUCAUGAUCUUCCGCGGCCAAGAAGCUGCGAAGAAGGCAGCAGACAUGGGUGCGAAUGCCGAACGCGGACGCAUUCUGCUCAACGACAGCUUAGGAUUGUUCGAGCAGGUUGCAAAGAGCUUGACUUUCGACAACCUGGCUUCAACAGUCAAUCAGUACAUUCAGCUCGAGUUCUAUGCUGGUGCUAUUCGACUAUUGCUAAAGGUCGCUCAAGAGUGGGAUCGUGGGAACAAGGCUCUGUCGUGGAUUCGAGACCGAGAUGACCCCAGCACUGACCCGAACGAUGUACGACGAGACUUCUACGAGAAGCGUACCGCAUGCUAUGACCUCGUCCUGAGAGUCAUUGAAGCGGUCGAUCAAGCAUACAACAGCCAAGGGCCAGUACCAGAUGGCGUUGUAUCGCAAGUAACACGGCGCAAGUUUGAAGCAUACGAACAGAUCAACAACUCAGACGAUGAGGUAUUCCAAAACUACCUGUACGACUGGUAUAUGCAGAAGGGCUGGGCGGAGCGAUUGCUCGAGAUCAAUUCGCCGUUCGUUAUCGAGUAUUUGCGACAGAGCUCGGAGAAAGAUGUCGCUCAUGCAGACCUUCUGUGGCGCUACUACGCCCAUUACAACGACUACUUGAGUGCCGCAGAGACACAGUACCAGCUUGCCAAAAGCUCGCUAGACCUGCCGUUGGAGAAGCGGAUCGAAUACCUCUCGUUCGCUAAAGCGAACGCAUCGACACGUAUGACCGGCUUCUCUGAGACCGGGGUACGAAACAGGCAAUCAAGACAAGAGCUUCUGCGAAACAUUGCUGAUCAUCUCGACAUCGCAAACAUUCAAGACGACAUCCUAGGAAAGCUGAAGAACGAUGAACGACUCGCCCGCGACCCAGCUCGUAAAGAGCAAGUGCUGGGACUCCUGAACGGUCAAAUCCAGCCGCUAGACGAGCUGUAUCACAACUAUGCCGAUCAGGCCGGCUACUACGAUGUAUGCCUGCUCAUCUACCACGCCGCAGACCAUCGCAACAUCCCCGACAUCCGCAAUACCUGGUCCAACCUCGUUGAGCAAGUCCACAAGCAGGCUCUCGCGGAUAGAGCAGCACAGCCCUGGGAGUCGCUUGCGCUCAAGGUCGAAGAAAUCGGCCGUCGCGUAAACAUGAACGAGAAUGUCUUCCCCGUCAACAUCGUCCUCCAGCUCCUCCUUCAGUACGACCUCGAGUACUACACACACGACGCCAAUUCGAACUCACGGGACCUCAUCCUCAACUCGAACAUCACAUGGCCCAUCGACAUCCUCGUCCGCCUGAACGCACCCUUCGAGUACCUCGUCGCGACAUUCGAAGCGCUGUGGUACGCGCAGGAAGCUCCCUUUGCCGGCCGCAACAAGAAACUCCUCAUGAAAUGGAGCAUUUACACAGUCGAGCAGUGGGGAAUCAUAAGCCGUCGAUCGGGCGCGCUGUUCGGCGGCACCGAAAACGCCAUCGGACUCGCAGAGUAUCUUCGAGUCGUAUUGGGUAGCGAGACACUAGGUCGAGACGCAGAUGAUCAGCAGUGGCUGCAAAGAGCGAGGGAUGUGAGGGAUCUGGUCGAAGAAGCUGCGCGAUGAGAUGGUUCGGGGAUAUACAUGGUGUUUGCAAAAGGAAAACAAUUUAGGCAUUUUUCCAGCGUGCGGCGUUGUUCAGGAGCAUUGAGGUUUGGCGCAAGUGAGGUUGUACGUAUGCGUAUGUUGCAAGGCUUUGGCGCAGGGUCGAAGCAUCGUUGGGUAGUGUAUCAAGAAAAAUACCCAUGCAUCAUUCACACAUGU